AGCAUCAGUGGUAUAAUUUUCAGGGAUGCGUGAUGCUGAUAAUUAUUUGGCGUUAAAUCUGUUAUCAGAUUUUCCGUCUUUCAUGAUCCUUCUAGAGUUUUGUUACCAGCUUUUCUUAUUUGCUUUUUUUUUUUUUUAUGAUUUCCAUCUAGCUUAUUUUUCUUUUAUAACCUUUUUCAUGAAAUUCUCUGUUUUUCUUUUUGCUAAACUUUUGCAUAAACAACAUAGAUAUGAACUAUUCUAUUUGGUGUGUAAAUAAAGGAGUGUCGGCCCCGAGACUCAUCACCUUCGCAUGUUUAACUUUCUUUGGCUCUAUCUUUCCUAGCAAGAUCAGCAAGUCCUUUGUUCAUUUAAUUGCCUGCUAUUGGAUAAAGGAGGAAUUAACAAGUGGAUGAGUGAGAAUACUCGUAGAUUAUACUUGGUUCCAAACGACUUAAGCAUUGUACGGUAGCAAUUCAUGUACUAGACUGUAGAAUCUGCGAGAGAGAAUAAUGCAGUUCGUUUGAUUGAACCAUGAAGACCUCUGUGCCUUUAAAUUAUUGGAGAUGUUCAAAGGAAGGAGAAAGUAAAAUCUAUGAUAGGACAAGUGGAGUGCGAUCUUGUGGUCAUGAAAAUAAUAAUAGAGAAAGAAAAGAGGUUCAUGGGUUCAGAUCAUUACCCUGUUUCACGAAGUCUUAGAAUUACAUAAUAGAUUUGUGCACGGGUGAUGCUUCUAGAUCUUGAUCAGUGCAAGCUUUAUGUAAACGAGAGAAACACUACCAUAGAUUAGUCCUACCUGCGACAUUAGGAUCACUUUCACUAGAAACGGUAGGAGAAGGUGACUUUUAUACCUAGGAAUGAUUAGUCUAGGGUUUAGGUAUUAAUACCCACCAAAGCUGACUUUCACUAGAAACGGUAGGAGAAGGUGACUUUUAUACCCACCAAAGCUGAGUUUUUUUUUUCAAAAAGACUACAACUGACUUUUCAAAUCGUAAUCAUCUUAUCUUUGUAUUAAUAAAUGGAAAACGGGUGAGGAAUAAAUGAAGGAUUUGGGUUCCUCCAAGUAUAUAAGCAAGACCAGAGCACAUGCAGGCUUAGGAAAGACUCUGGUGAAAAUGGAGAAUAUAAGAGUGAAGCAUUUUGUGCCUUUUCUUUUGCUUCUUUGCUUGGCAAGAAUCUGUACUAAUAUUGUUGAAGCUGACCAAAUCUCAUCUGGGAAGAAGCAUUUUGUGCUGGUUCAUGGAGCUGGUCACGGAGCUUGGUGUUGGUAUAAGCUGGCAACUCUAUUGAACUCUACAGGUCACAAUGUUACAACUAUAGACCUUGCAGCAUCCGGUAUCAACCCGAUCCAGGUACAGCAAGUUCAUUCGUUCUCAGACUACGUUGAGCCAUUGAUCAAAUUUCUGGGGUCUCUGUUACCAAAAGAGAGGCUUAUCCUGGUUGGCCACAGCAUGGGUGGGGCCGUGAUAUCAAUUGCCAUGGAGAGGUUCCCUGAGAAAAUUGCUGCAGCUGUUUAUGCCACUGCUUUGAUGCCUGGUCCUGCUCUGAGUUACUUGACUAUUUUUGAGAAGAUUCAGGAAAGAUCGGUGUUGACUGACACUCAGUAUAGAUAUGAUCAGGGGGCCAACAAUCCUCCAACCUCGCUACUCUUUGGACCAAAACAAUUGUCUUCGAGACUGUACCAGCUAUCGCCACCAGAGGAUCUAGAACUAGCAUUGUCAUUGGUGAGAUUUUCCCCUCUAUUUAUUGAAGAAAUAAAACUCACUGAGGAGAAGUACGGAUUGGUUCCAAGAGUUUUCAUCGUGUGUGACCAGGACCUUUCAAUAGAGGAGGAUCUGCAAACGUGGAUGAUCAGGAAAAAUUCCCCAAAUGAAGUGAAGGUGAUAAAUGGUUCCGAUCACAUGGUCAUGUUCUCUAGACCAUUGGAGCUGUUCUCCAACCUCCUGAACGUUGCUGAGAAAUAUUCUUAAAGAUCUUGAUUACCUAGCUAGUUAUAUAAAUUACUAGUUAGAAGCCCAGAAAUUCAUUAGUGUAUGAAUAAUUGAAGUAGAUUAGCUACCCUCUUUGGUGACUAUCUAUAUAUAUCUAUGUGUGUGUGUGCGCGCGCGCGCGCGGGGAUAACUUUCAGAAAGUAAAUCACAUUUUAGGUGUAAACUAUUCUUACAAAAUUACCAAUAGAAGUCAUUUUGAAAAAUAAAAACAAGUCUCAUUUGGACUAUAACAUCUGUCGUAAUUUUCUC